GCUCGUUGCCCUCUUUAUAUCUCCUGCUUCUUUGCUCUCCCUCUAUUCUCUCCCAUCAACGGUGAAGAAAAAGGACGGCUCUUUCCGUGGCGAUGGAGGAUGUUGGAAUGCCCAUUGGAGACAAACUCAUACUCAGGGGUUUGAAAUUCCAUGGCUUUCAUGGUGUGAAGGCUGAAGAAAGGAAACUGGGUCAGAAGUUCUUGAUAGAUGUAGAUGCCUGGAUGGAUCUCAGGCUGGCUGGUAAAUCUGACUGCUUGUCAGAUACUAUUAGCUACACCGAAAUUUACCGCAUUGUGAAGGAGGUUGUGGAAGGACCACCGCAAAAUCUUCUAGAGUCUGUGGCUCAACUGAUUGCAUCAACAACGUUAACCAACUAUCCCCAGAUAAGUGCUGUUCGUGUGAAAGUUGGUAAGCCUCAUGUUGCUGUUCAAGGUCCUCUUGACUACCUUGGUGUUGAGAUUCUCAGACACAGAAGUCAUGACGCUCCAAAGUAAUCGUUCCAUACAUCACAUGCGUGCGCAUUGGCACCCACAAUGUUGUAUUUGUUACGUACUUCCCCCUUCAUCAUGGUGCGGUAUAUGUUAUUUACACUGACUGGUGUUGGAAAUCUACUAAACUCUUUCAAGAAAUUUUACUACUUGGCUCUUGAAGACACAUCUCUACAUCACUUUUGCUUCCCUACCUACUUAGAUUCCGUAUUACCUGUGCCCUCUUGCCUAUGUAAGAAUGCAAUUUAACACCCUGCAUGAACUUCGCAAC